GAAAGAUGUGUCUCCGCGUCCUCCCUCAGGGCCACCGUCAGCAGUGUCCCAUGGCCUCGCUCGCUAUAAAGCUUCUUCGUGUCCUGCCUGUCCCACUGUUUGCACGAGAGCUCCGUCAUGAGGACAACGCUGAUCGCAGUGGUCCUCGCUGGCUUGGUGGCGGCCACACUCGCCCACUACGGCUACGGCUACGGGAUUCCCUACGGAGGAUACCUGGGAGGCUUGUCUUACGGGAGCCAUAUACACGCCAUUCCCUACGGCUACGGCCUUGGCCACCACCACCUCAUCGGGAAGCGCAGCGCCGACCCGACCCCGAAGCCUCAGAAGGAUGACACGGUCUUCGGCACUGGCUUGAAGCGUGAGAAAAGUACCCAGCAAGGUUCCGGAGGAGUGUUUUCCCUGCUGGGCCGAGGCGGCUACAAUAACCCCGGGUACGGAUACACCAUUGUAGGGAAUAACGGCGGCUUCAUCCCAGGCGGCGGGGGUAAUACUGGUGUGUACGGCGUCGGAAAUACUGGUGUGUACGGCCCCGGAUAUACUGGGGUGUACAGCCCCGGAAAUACUGGUGUGUACAGCCCCGGAAAUACUGGAGUGUACGUCCCAGGAAAUACUGGUGUGUACAGCCCUGGAAAUACUGGGGUGUACGUCCCUGGAAAUACUGGUCUGUUCGGCACUAACACCGGGAUCUACCCCACCACGGGUUUCGGCUACGGGAACUACUACCCCAACACUGGCUACGGCUACGGGAACUACUACCCCAACACUGGCUACGGCUACCCGAACUCCUACCCCGUGUACACCGUGGGCGGCUACCCCUCCACCGGCAACCCCGUCUACUACACCCCCAACAACUAUGGCUUUAGCGGUUGAGCUUAUGGAAACGCCCUAACGUAGAACGACCUAUCUGGAUGACUUGAUGACUGACUGACUUGCCCACGAGAACUACAGUACUACCCCGUCUACACCGUGGCGGCUACCCCUCCACCGGCAACCCCGUCUGCUACACCCCCUACAACUGGAACUGCUGGACCGGCUGGAACGCCCACGGGAACGCCCUAACGAAGAACGACUGACCUGGAUGACUGA